AUGUCACUAAAGAAUCUUUUUAUUUUUGGUAAUAAAGACGAGAAUAAAGAAAUGGAUGAAGAUAUUGAAAAGGCAUUAGUUGAUUGUGUCAUCGACAACUCAAAACAAAAUUACCCCAGAAAACUUAUGACUAAAUUAUUAGAAGAAAUGAAAAAACCAAAGAAAGAGGAAGAAAACAAAAACAAGAAAGAGGGAAAAAAGGAAGAAAACAAAGACAAGAAAGAGGAAAAAAAGGAUGAAAUUAUGACAAUUAUAAAAUUAACAGCUUUUUACUUAUUUUGUACACAUUCAGACAAAACUGAUGCGGGUGAUUCUGUAAAGUGCAUAAAAUAUUUGUUGACAGGUUUGAAUGCUUAUUUGACUAAAUAUAAUUCAGAGAUUUUAAAUAAGAUAGGAGAUUAUGAAAAAGAAUCUUUAAGGUCUAUAUAUAAAGAUUAUUUUGCUAAUAUAAUAAAUGAUAAUAAAGAUAAGGUAACAAACGAUAAUAAAGAACAACUUACUAGUGGAAAGGACAAACUAAUUGAAGUGAUAUCCGUGGAUAAUUUAGAAAAACGGAGAGGCCCACGCACAGAUUUUAAAAUUUGGAAUAUUACGAAAUUAAUAAUACAUUUUAUUUCAAAUAAAGACGCUUUGAAUUUCUUUAUAUACUAUUUUUUAUUAAGUAUAAAUGAUUAUCUGGAAUAUGGCAAUGGUAAAGCUUCAGAUGAUAGUUUUGUAAAGAAGUAUUUAAAGCUAGAAAAAGAUAACAUUAUUAACAUAACUAGAGAUUUAAAAAUAAUUGCUGAGGCAUUGACUCUUCAUACUAUUUUUAAUGAUGCAAGUGAUGACAAGAAGAGUAUACCAGAGAUGAGUAUGCCAGAGAUGAUAGAAGAAGUAUUAGUAGCAAUUAUGCGCAAGAUGAGUGAAAUUGAUGAUGAUAUAAAGUCGGAUGAGGCCAAAGGAAAGGAAAUUCAAAAUAGACUUCAAAACAAACUAACUUUUGCAAAAAAAGUUUUUGGUGAUGUAAGGACUGAAUUAUUACGUUUAAAGGAUCAAAUAAUCGUGGAAAAUUAUUUUAAUAGCAAAGUCGAUUUAAGUGUAUCACGUGUAAAGAAUAAGGAUCAAAAAGAAGAGAACCAUUUAAUGUUAAAAAGAAUUGAAAUAAAUAAUACGGAGAAAGAACUAAUCGAUCGUAUUCUUUUUGGAUUAUCAAUAGUAACUAGCAAGGUUUAA